AUGGCGCCUUCCUUUGAUCAUUUGCGCGAGGCGGACCUCGACGACGACGAGUUCAAUGAGGAUGACAUUGACUUUUCCGAUCUCCGCGAGCGCUUCGAUGUCCAGCUCGACAAGGGCUAUGACACGUUUGUCGUCGUCGACGGUCUCCCCAUCGUUACUGAGGAGCAAAAGUCCAAGCUCGUCAAGUUUCUGCUCAAGAAGCUUAACGCUGUUGGAAAGGCCCGUGAGGAUUCUAUUUACAUGCCCAUGGGUGAUAACGAAAAGUCUCUAGGAUUCGUUUUCGUCGAAUACUCGUCCGCCAGCGAGGCUGCUGCUGCUGUCCGCUCCCUUGACAUGACUCCCCUCGAUAAGAAACACACUUUACGAGUAAACAAGAUUAGCGACAUCGAGCGAUAUGGCGCUGAAGGACGUAUCAAGGAGGAAUACGUCGCCCCCGAGAUUCCUCCUUUCGAGAAGCGUGAGCACCUGAAAUGGUGGCUCAAGGACCCCUCUGGCCGCGGCCGCGACCAGUUUGUCAUGUAUCGCGCUGAAAACGUCGGCGUUUUUUGGAACAACGAAAAGGACCAGCCGGAGAACAUUGUUGAGCGUGCGAACUGGACCGAGACCUUUUUGCAGUGGUCGCCCCAGGGUAGCUACCUCACGUCGAUUCACUCGAAAGGUGUUCUGAUUUGGGGCGGCAGCUCCUGGUCGAAGAUGGGUCGCUUCCCCCACCCCUACUGCAACCUCGUUGCAUUCUCGCCAACCGAAAAGUACCUUGUUACAUGGUCUGCCCGGCCGAUCUCGGUGCCCGAGGAUGGCGGCGACGGCGUCCUCACCGCUGACGAUGAGGGUAAGAACUAUGUCAUCUGGGACAUUGAGUCUGAGAUGCCUAUCCGUUCUUUCCCCACCCUGGAGCCUGCCAAAUCUGAGGAAGCCAAGCCCGUGCCCAAGGAACCUCAGUGGCCCGCCUUCAAGUGGUCAGCCGACGACAAGUAUGUCGCACGUCUGAACCCUGGCCAGUCCAUCUCCGUCUACGAGCUUCCCCGCAUGAACCUUCUCGACAAGACGGCCAUCAAGAUUGACAGUGUCGUUGAUUUUGACUGGGCUCCCGCCACGGUCAAGCGCGACGGUAUCAAGACGUACGAGCAGCUGUUCUGUUUCUGGACUCCCGAGAUCGGCAGCAACCCCGCCAAAGUCAGCCUGAUGAGCAUUCCCUCCAGGGAAAUUGUCCGUAGUCUGAACCUCUUCAGUGUCAGUGAUGCUAAGCUCCACUGGCAAUCUGAGGGCGCCUAUCUGUGCGUCAAGGUUGACCGUCACUCCAAAUCUAAGAAGUCCCAGGCCACGACCCUGGAGAUUUUCCGCAUCAAGGAGAAGGGCGUCCCCGUCGAGGUUGUUGACACGAUCAAGGACACUGUCAUCAACUUUGCCUGGGAGCCCAAGGGCGACCGUUUCGCCAUCAUCACCACAACAGAGCCUGUCGCGGCCACGGCCGUCACGCCCAAGACAGCAGUUGCCUUUUUCUGCCCCGAGAAGGCCAAGGGUCCCGUCGCUGGCAACUUUAAGCACCUGCGCACGCUGGACAAGAAGAACAGCAACGCCAUCUACUGGUGCCCCAGAGGUCGUUUCGUCCUUAUUGCCACGAUUGGUAACCAGCAGAGCUCCGAUCUCGACUUCUUCGACCUCGACUUUGAGGGCGAGAAGCCCGAGUCGGACAAGGACCUGACCGCCAAUCUGCAGCUGAUGAACACUGGCGAUCACUAUGGUGUCACUGACAUUGAGUGGGAUCCGUCCGGUCGCUUCGUUGCCACCUGGGCAUCUGCCUGGAAGCACUCUAUGGAAAACGGCUACCACAUCUACGAUUUCCGCGGAGAGGUUCUUAGGGAAGAGCCUGUCGAGAAGUUCAAGCAGUUCCAAUGGCGCCCCCGGCCUGCUACCCUGCUCAGCAAGGAUGAGCAGAAGCAAGUGCGCAAGAACCUGCGCGAGUACAGCCGCGUGUUCGAGCAAGAAGAUGCCGAUCGUGGCGCAUCUGCCGACUUGGCCGUUGUGGAGGCCCGUCGCCGCAUGCUCGAGGAGUGGUACAUGUGGCGCGAGGAAGUGGAGGCCGACCUAAACGAGGAGAGGGAGGUGCUCGGCCUGCCGCAAGACCCCCACGCCGCGUUGCUGGCGGCCAAGACAAAGGAGAUCGAGGGUGCAGGUGAAUCGGGGCAAGAAGAGCGCACAAUCGAAGAGAUUGUGGAAGAGGUGAUUGAAGAGACAGAGGAGAUUGAUGCCUGGGAUGUUAUGCACGACGCGGUUCAGCCGACUCGAGAGCCAGGCAGCCAAGCUAAGACGGAUCCUACCUCAAGAAACAGGCGCUUGUGGAACGCGCUGGAAGCUCAAGGCAUCAUUGGCACCAGCAAAGGCUUGAGGGAGAGCUGUGGAGACGAUUGA